UUCAUAGCUGCCAUGCCGCCAAUCACCUUUUCAGAUAUGAAAUGUUAGGCAGGGAUGGAAGCUUUCUGGAGCGAGGAAUCAACGAUGGGUUUGCAAAUCGGAGGAGAAAUAGAGAAGGUGGACGGCAACCAACUGAGCUACAACGAGUUCGCGGAGAAAUAUUUGGCCAAGAACUUUCCGGUGGUGCUGACUGGUCUGAUGGACGAUUGGAGAGCUUGCAAAAACUGGGUCACCGAAGAUGGCCGUCCCAACCUCGAAUUCUUCUCCACCCACUUCGCCGAAUCAACAGUUCAGGUUGCGGAUUGCGGCACUAGAGAAUUUACCGAUCAGAAGAGAAUUGAAAUGACUGUGGCGCAGUUCAUUGACCAAUGGGUUAACCAGAAUGGUGCUGGUGGGUCGAGCACCGUGGGUUCAGGCCAGUCUGUGUUGUACUUGAAGGACUGGCAUUUCGUUAAGGAGCACCCAGAUUAUGUACCAUACAAAACGCCGCUGUUCUUUUGUGACGAUUGGCUCAACCUGUAUCUCGACCACUAUCGUAUGCAUAACGAUCCUGAUACGUAUCGAGAGAGCAAUGAAAUAAGUUGCUCCGACUAUCGUUUCGUUUACAUGGGAGCCAAAGGUCUGAUGUUAGGCGUAUUGUGUUUUGAUCUUGGACUCCUUUCCAUGCCGAUGUUUUCAGGUCAUACAGUUGGUCAGCAAAUGUUUGUGGAAGGAAGAAAUGGUUUUUCCUCUCCCCAUCGCAAAGUCAUCUCGCAUUUGACAGGAACUUGAAGAACACUGUAUAUAACAUAUUGGAUGAAGUUGAUGAAGAAAAAUAUCCUGAAUUUAAGAAGGGUGUUUGGGUGGCAUGUACACAAGAACAAGAUGAGAUCAUCUUUGUGCCUAGUGGAUGGUAUCAUCAAGUUCACAACCUGGAAGAUACAAUAUCAAUAAACCAUAAUUGGUUCAAUGGACAUAAUCUUUCUUGGGUGUUUGAUCUUCUUUUAAGAGACUACAAAGAGGCACAAGAGUACAUUGAAGACAUUCGGGAUAUCUCUGAUGACUUCGAAGGUCUCUGCCAGCGAAACCUUGCUGCUAACACAGGCAUGAAUUUUGUUGACUUCUCAAAUUUCCUGUUGCGGCUGUUCUUGGCCAACCUGGCCCAAGUGUUCCAUCAAUACACAGACUCUAAAACAUCAUCCGUCUCGAGUUCAUCCCAACUGACUCAACAUUUCACCUUCAAUCUGUCCGCCAUUCGGAGGAUUGUGGUGAAAGUGGAGGAAUCCAUGGAUGGUCUUGCAGGAUAUCCAGGAUUUUCAAUUAAUUUGAAGGACACCUUGGAAGAUCCAGAAUUUCUCAAGCUGUGCAUCGACGUGGGCAAGACAUAUGGGAUGAUACAUGAUCAACCAAGUCGUAGUUCUUACGAACACGAAGCUUUCAUUGAUGAAAUUCUGGACUAUGGUUCUCAUAUAGUUAGUACCAAAGAUUUUGUCAAAUUCAUAGACUUUUUCUGCCACAAGUUUGGGUUGAUAGUUCAGAAGGCUGAGUUUUAACUCAACUUCAUUCUGUCAGAAAGUUGGUAUUUUUGUUAAUGAAACCAAACAGCAGGAACCUUCUGCCAAUCAAACAGGGGGCCGGGGAUUCAGAAAGCUGAAAAUAAGCUUUUAAGCUGAGUUUAAUGUACACCAUUAAUUUUGAAAUAUUUCUGUAAAUGGUUAAUAAAGAUAUUUUACUUUAUAACAUAAAAUAUGUGCUUCGCC